GAAAAUUUUGAAUCGCAGAUAUAAUACGCCUACAAGAACAUAGAUAGAUAGUCGCUUUCUGUUAUCCACGCCCUCAUAAUGGCCCGUCGACGUCAAUAUGACCAAGGUCAGAAUGGGCGGCCAAGUCGUAACAUUACUGGGCCCCAAUCUGCUUUGACUGAUUUCCUUGCAUCACACAAUAUUUCGGCUGCUCAAAUUAGAGCCGACGCAGAUCGCCGAAGACAGCAAGCAGGGGAGACAGGGGAAACUGAAGAGACAGCAGAGGCAGGAGAGGCCGAAGCGACCGAAGAAAUCGAAGUUGCAGAAACGGUUGAAGUUUCCGUCACUGUUGAGGCAAGCUCCUCUGGACGGGGAGCAAGAAGCCGCAACGCCGCAGCAGAAAAGAAAGCCAAGGCGUUAGAUAAGAUCAAAGCUACCAAAGCAUUCAAAAAGCGCAAGAAGGGCGCCGAAGAUGACGACUAUGAUGACGAGAUUGCCCAGGCAAUCUUUGAAGAGAGGAGUGCGCCGCUUCCCGGGCAGAUGGAAAACUGUGAAAUCUGCGGAAAGCGCUUCACUGUGACUCCUUACUCCGUCGCAGGACCUGAUGGAGGCCUUCUGUGUGCUCCCUGUGGGCGCGAGAUUGCCAAAGAGCGGGAGGGACAACCGAAAAAGAAAGCUCGAAAGCAGACCGGCGGCGUUGGUUCACGACGCACUAUCCAGAGCCGAAUGCUCGAUGGAGACGUGGGUACGAAAAGUUUGGCUACAUUGUGUGUGCAGACGCUGGCAAAGAAUGUAGAAUUGGCAGAAAGCUUGGGCGAUUUACCUGAGCAUCUCAUCGACAAGAUUGCCAGGAUUUUCUCUAAGCGGCGUCUAUUGAAGCCAGAUACCCUUCCCUUGUUUACGCAACCUACCACCGAAGUUCUGCACAUCUACGAUGGCGCAAAACUUGGUCAUCAAGAAUUCAUCAGCAUCUUCCAAGUUGCUUCGAACCUGAAGAAAUUCAAGGUGCGGUGUGCGGUCCAAUUCAAAGAUGAGGUCAUGGACUAUCUUCUCUCUAGAGACAUCCUUCUGGAAAGCUUCUAUCUCCAUGGCGCCAACUUACUAAGUGAGGACAAGUGGCACGAAUUUCUCGCUGCCAAGGGCAAAUCCUUGAAAGAACUGCAAGUCUAUUUUACCGAUAGGCAUUUUGGAGACGAAACUUUGGGACUCUUGAAGGAAUACUGCCCUGACUUAACUCGCUUAAAGGUCUGUCACAAUCAAAAGGUUACGGACGUAGGAGUAACUGCAAUUGGAAAUCUUUCAAGCCUUCGACAUCUUAGUUUAGAACUCCAGCAAGACAGUUCGGCAGAAGCUCUAAGGACUUGCAUCACACAGAUUGGGAAGGACCUCAGGACAUUGUCUUUUAAGAUUGUACCUGAUGCGGAUGAUAGUGUUUUGGAGGCUAUUCAUAAUACUUGUCGAUCCUUAUCCAAGCUUCGCAUCACAGAAAGCGAAUCAAUGACAGACAAGGGCUUCGCCAAGCUCUUUACAGACUGGGAAAAUCCACCUCUGGAUUUCUUGGACUUGCAAAAGUGCCGCCAGCUCGAUGCCGCUCACCCGCGAGAGAAUCCCGACGGUAUCGGGCUCUGCAGUGAGGGAUUCAAGGCGCUAAUGAACCACUCUGGCCACACUCUAAAAAAUCUCAAUGUGCACGCUUGCCGACACAUCUCUCGCGAAGCUUUUGAAGAAGUCUUCGAUGGAAAGAAGCAGUAUCCGGAGCUACGAAAGUUGGAGAUUAGCUUCUGCGAAGAAAUCACUGACUUCAUCCUCGGAUGCAUAUUCCGGGCUUGCCCGAAUAUCAAAGAAGUGAAUGUCUUUGGCUGCAUGAAGGUGAAGGAAGUAAGAGUGCCACGGGGUGUUAUCUUAAUUGGCGUACCUAACGCGCAGGGGAUGAUAACUGAAGGCACGGACUGAGCAUGAUACUCCCGGGAGAGCAUCGCACUUUUAAUACCUCCUUUUGUUUUUCUUUUGUUUUUCAAAAACGAAUUUCACGCUGAACAGAGCAAGUUAUGAGGCAUGGGAUAUUACGGAUCAACUGAAACGACUUUUUUUUUUUUUUUU